AUUAACAAUGUAGUUUACAUGUAAGGCAAGGAAUUAAUCGAUAUUUUGCUUUACAUUAAAUAUAAUACAAAAAUACAUAUAAGUAAAUAUUUUUGAGUUAUAGUUUCUCGGGAAAAUAUUAUUAUGAAAAUGUAUAAUUACUGAACGAUUCUAUUGCGUUCGAUUGGAAAUGUCCAAUCAUUGUAUCGCUUUGAUUAACACUCGCCGAUAGAUACAGUUUGCGAAAAUCGCUGUACCAAAAAGAAGACUAGGCUUAAUCUAGAAUCACUAGAUUGUCGAUUUCAAACUUCUUUAAUUUUUUCUUCUAUUUCAAUUUAUUACUUCGAAAAGAUACAUACGGUGCUUGUGAUGAAAAUCGUCUAUAUGUACACCAGCUUCACGUAUAAUAUACUUUGAUAUAAAAAGUAUUCAUGCCUUUUUGUUUGGGAAAUUAUACAACCCAUAAUAUGGAGGAAUAUGCUGUAGUAUCCGACAUAUCCGUUGUAGAUGUUUAUGAUAUUGCAUCGGAAAUAGGAAAAGAAUGUGAAAAGCUCAUAGAUUCAUAUGGAGUAGACUCUGUGACCAAUCUUAUGCCAAAAGUAAUACAUGCAUUAGAAUUAUUGGAAAAUCUUGCAACCAAAAAUGAACGUGAAAAUACUACAGUUCAAGAAUUACAAGCAAAGAUUUCACAAUUAGAAAGUGAUAAAAUUGAAAAAGCUGAAGAUAGGCAAAGAUUUGAAAAGGAACUGGAACAAAUUGAAGAACAUUGGCGUCAAGAAUCUCGUGACCUAGUAGAAAUGGUUACAAGGUUACAAGAAGAAAAUAGACGAUUAUCAGAGGCUCUGCAAGAAUCACGUAGUGAUAGUCAGUACAGCAGUAAACAAACUUUUACAGCUAGUCAAGAAGUUGAUAUUGCAGUAUUGCAGCACUUAAGAUCUAUGAUAGACAAACAAAGAGAUCAAAUUCGAGGAAGAGACAAAGAGCUGCUGCAAAAAAAUACAGAAAUAGAAAAUCUGACAGCACAGGUUGAAAAACUCGGGGUUGUCGGUCGAGAAUUAAAGCGGAAACAGCGUCAGGCCCAAAUGCAAGCACGUGGUUUAGUAGAGGAACGAGCAGACUUCUUAGCCCAAUUGCAAGAUCAAAAUCGUGAAUUGAUAAAUCUUCGUGCCCGCCUUGGUUUAGCAAAAAAAGAAAAUGAAGACCUAAGUAAAUUACAGGGUUGCCCAGAUUUAACAAAUAAGGCUAUAUAUGACCUGGAUGAUCCUGAUAGACCAAGGUUUACUACCGCCGAGUUGAAAGAAAUUUUACAUGAACGAAAUGAAUUGAAAGCUAGAGUAUCAGAUCUAGAAGAUGAACUAGAAUUAUAUCGACCAAAACCUGAAACGGUUGAAGAUGAUAAAGAUGCUCCUGUUCAAGGCCCUCUUCCCUAUGAACCAGAUGAUGCACCAUGGAAAAAGACAUCUGAAUCUGGAAUUCGUAAAUUUUUCCGGAAAAUUUUCUCAGAGUCUAGCAGUAGUUUUUUAGUUGGUAGUAGCCCACGUCGAAGUCUUUCUAGUUUAUCAAAAAUGGCCCUCUCUGGAAACAGUACAUAUGAUGAAUCUAUAUAAUGGUUUUUCAACGAAUAAUUUUUAAAAUCCUACGAAGAUUUAUUGAACAUAAUGUCUUUAUGUUUAUUCAUAGUAUUUUAUAUUCUAAUAAUGAUAUCUAAAUUGGUUUAAUGAAUUAAAAGUACGUAACUCAGU